UUGUGUGAAAGAUGUUUCAGUGUAUCUGGAAGUGUUUCUUUAAUGUUUUUUACAUGUAGAAAGGUAUACGAUACACUAUACUAAGACAAACCUUUGACUAUCUGACAUUAUACGAACCACACCGAACUGUUCCGACUUUACGUACAAAUUCAACUUAAAGACAGAUUUAGGAACGGAAUUCGUUCGUAAUCCGGGGACCAUCUGUGGACAAAAGAAAAGGCUCCAAAUUAUCUUAAGGUGACACUUUACAAGCGAACGUAGCACGGCCUAAUACUGAGCGCAAGGGUGGGCUUCAAAGGGAAAAGCCACCGUUACAUUUCGAGUAAAAUUGCACUUGCAGUUGUUACUGGGCAGAGAGCAGGUAGCAGGUAGGUAGAGGUUACAACUGUUUUUUGGCUUCUGAAGGAAUGGAUCCCUGCUUGAGUCCCGCUGCCACUGUAGUAGCCUUGAGUAAGAUUCUUACCCUGAAUUGAUACUGUAAGAAAACCCUGUGGCUUGAGAGGCAAAUCCCACUGUAGCGCUGCAAGUAGCCUUCGACAAAGACGUCAGCUAAAGAAAGGUCACUCAUAGUACUAUAGCUGUAAGAAGGCCCAGGGGUUUGGUGAUGUCACGGAGCGGAUGGACCCACGGAGCGGAUGGACCCGGCGGUGACGGGCUCUAGGACCCGGCGGAACGCCGAAGCUCGCCGGAUUCCGCAGUGAGCGCGGCGCGGAGCGAGCGGUGCCGCUGGAGCAGGCCUCGCCGGCUGGGGAGGAGGAGGACAGGGAGAGGAGCUGAAGGAGGAACCGGGAGCGAGCGCGCACGAAAAGGGUCAGGCCUGGGACUGGCACGACGGGGAAAGGAAGAACUGAAAGAGGAGGCGAUCGCUAGUUUAUUUUAGUUUUUUUUUUUUUUUUUACUUUCACAUUUUUUUUUUUAAUUUUAUUUGUUUUGGUUUUACGUAGAAAAAAAAAAAUAGUGCAUUAUUUCGGCGAUGCCGUCCAACACCACCUCCGCCACAUUCAAAACUUCAGACUUCGACUAUGACGCAGCUGCAAAUAAAAUGAGCGAAGACCGGUCGGACCAGGAGCGCUCGAGGGAGGACAAGCUGGCCAACAGUAUUCCCGCCCGCAAAGUGGGCCGGCCGGGUCGGAAGCGCAAGCAGCUGCCGGACCACCAGAUGUACUAUGGAGUGGAUGCCAUUUCAAGAAUGCUUAGAAUGAGUCAGGUGGCCAGCUGUGAGGAAGCGAAGGAGAGUGUGGUGGGCUCUAAGAGUCACGCUUGCCCCGAGAGCCAGUCCGCAGAGCAGGUGCCCAAUGGGGGGCUCGGGGCCCAUGGUGGGGCCCCUGCCUCCUCCUCCCGGCAGGACAGGGGAGUCCCGGAGAACGGCGUCUCCAGGGAUCCAGCCGGCCGUGCUGAAGGGCUUCCGGAUCAAGGCUCCUCCAGGAGGGGGUGUGUAGAUUCCUCCAUGGAGAAUGGCCUCCAGGAUUCGGAGAAGGAUGGAGAGCCGGUUCCACCCAUACCCCGCAGGAAGCGUGGGAGACGGAAACUGGAGCACCCGGAGAAACAUGUGGAGGAGAAGGAGGACACCAGCUGUAAUGCAGUCCAGUCUGAGGGAGAUCGAACGAAGCACCGUGGGGGACUGGGCGGGGAAAUGAGCCUACGUCAAAGGCCCAUGCCGAGAAUAACCUACCAGGCCGGCGACCCUUAUUACAUUAGCAAGAGGAAGAGAGAUGAGUGGCUGGCCAAAUGGAAGAUGGAGGCAGAGAAGAAGGCGCAACUGGUGGCCGUGAUGAACGCGAUGGAGGAGUGUGCCGGGGAGGAGUCUCGGAAAGAGGAGAGGGAAGCGGUGAUCGGCCCUCCGUCCCCACCCCCGCCUGCACAGCAGCAGCAGCAACAGCAGCAGCAGCCCACAGAUCCCGCCUCUCCCACAGUGGCCACCACCCCAGAACCUGUGCCCGUCGGGAGCGGUGAUAAGGCCACACCCAAAUCCACAGACAUGGAGCCCGAAUAUGAGGACGGCCGGGGGUUUGGGAUUGGUGAGCUGGUCUGGGGGAAGCUGCGUGGGUUCUCCUGGUGGCCGGGCCACAUCGUGUCAUGGUGGGCAACUGGGCGGAGCAGGGCUGCGGAGGGAACCAGAUGGGUCAAGUGGUUCGGCGAUGGAAAGUUCUCUGUGGUGUGUGUAGAGAAGCUGCUCCCCUUGAGUUCCUUCUCCAGCGCCUUUCACCAACCAACGUACAACAAGCAGCCCAUGUACAAGAAAGCAAUCUAUGAGGUGCUUCAGGUGGCCGGCACGCGAGCGGGCAAGAUCUUCCCCGCCUGCCCCGACAGCGACGAGAGCGACACGUCCAAGUCCGUGGACCUGCAGAACAAGCAGAUGAUCGAGUGGGCCAUGACGGGGUUCCAGCCCACCGGGCCUAAGGGCCUGGAGCCCCCAGAAGCGCCUCAGCCUGUCAGUGUUUUCUCCCAUAUUAACGCAGAGGAGCGCAACAAGGAAGUUUACCCUGAGAUGUGGGUGGAGCCCGAAGCAGCUGCAUACACCCCUCCCCCUCCAGCCAAAAAGCCCCGCAAGAGCACAACGGAGAAGCCCAAGAUGAAGGAAAUCAUCGAUGAGGGGACGCGAGAGAGACUUGUGUAUGAAGUCAGACAGAAAUGCAGAAACAUAGAAGACAUUUGCAUCUCCUGCGGAAGCCUGAACGUAUCCCUGGAACACCCCCUCUUUACCGGAGGCAUGUGCCAAAGCUGCAAGAACUGCUUCCUGGAAUGCGCGUAUCAGUACGACGACGACGGCUACCAGUCCUACUGCACCAUCUGCUGCGGAGGACGCGAGGUGCUCAUGUGUGGAAACAACAACUGCUGUCGGUGCUUCUGCGUGGAGUGCGUGGACCUCCUGGUGGGCCCUGGGGCAGCGCAGGCAGCCAUCAAAGAGGACCCAUGGAACUGCUACAUGUGCGGCCACAGGAACGUUUACGGACUGCUGAGACGCCGCGAUGACUGGCCGUGUCGCUUGCAGCACUUCUUCGCCAACAACCACGACCAGGACUUCGACCCGCCAAAGCUUUACCCGCCGGUUGCUGCCGAGAAAAGGAAACCCAUUCGCGUCCUCUCGCUGUUCGAUGGUAUCGCGACAGGGCUGCUGGUGCUAAAAGACCUCGGGAUCCAGGUGGAAAGCUACAUCGCAUCAGAGGUGUGCGAGGACUCCAUCACUGUGGGCAUCGUGCGCCACCAGGGCCGCAUCAUGUACGUGGGAGACGUGCGGAACGUCACGCGCAAACACAUUCAGGAGUGGGGCCCCUUCGACCUGGUCAUCGGCGGGAGCCCGUGCAAUGACCUCUCCAUCGUCAACCCUGCGCGGAAGGGCCUCUACGAGGGCACGGGCCGCCUGUUUUUCGAGUUCUACCGACUGCUCCAUGAAGCCCGUCCCAAAGAGGGGGAUGAUCGGCCCUUCUUUUGGCUGUUCGAGAAUGUGGUGGCCAUGGGUGUCAGUGACAAGAGGGACAUCUCCCGCUUUUUGGAGUGUAACCCUGUGAUGAUUGAUGCCAAGGAAGUGUCAGCCGCUCACCGUGCCCGCUACUUCUGGGGCAACCUGCCUGGGAUGAACAGACCACUGACAGCCAUGACUAAUGACAAGCUGGACCUGCAGGAUUGUUUGGAGCAUGGAAGAACAGCCAAGUUCGGCAAAGUGAGAACCAUCACCACUCGGUCUAAUUCUAUCAAGCAGGGCAAAGACCAGCACUUCCCAGUCUACAUGAACGAGAAGGAGGACAUUCUGUGGUGCACUGAGAUGGAGAGGGUGUUCGGCUUCCCUGUCCACUACACAGACGUGUCCAACAUGAGUCGGCUUGCCAGACAGAGACUCUUGGGAAGGUCGUGGAGCGUGCCCGUCAUCCGUCACCUGUUUGCCCCACUCAAGGAGUACUUCGCCUGUGUCUAAACCUUCACCACGCUCGGCCGGAGAGCGCCACACACAAGGACUGAUAUUUAACCGGAAAACAAACAAACAAAAAAGCAAACUUGCUCCUCUUCGAUUAUUCAGAUACAUUUAAAAGUAGAUGUUUUACAUUAUUUUUUAAUUUUAAAUGUCGUUCUUUUAUCCUAUUU